AAACGUAUGUGUAAGUUAUUUUAUAAGAUAUAACUUAAUAAAAUAAUUUACUAACUAUUAAAUUAAUAAUUAAUAUCUUAGUAAAACCGACUAUAGUCGGCGGCCUAACAUAAUAUUUUUAUUCUAACAAAAGCGCUUUUUAUUAGUACAUAAAUUCAAUUUGACACGUGACAUUCUUAGCUAAAAAAGGACUUUCGGUAGGCGAAGUUUUUUUUUUUUGGCUACCGACAGUCGAGGUGAGUUGUUUUUAUUUUUUUAUUUUACCGAAAGCGCUUUUAUUGGUUGAUAAAUUCUAUUUUGACACGUGACAUUUUAAGCCAAUAAAACGGACUUUCGGUAGGCAAAUUUUUAUUUUUUUGGCUACCGACUUUCGGUAGGCUAUCCACGGCGUAUUUAAAAUAAGAAAAUGGAAUAAAGUCUUAUACAAUGUAUGGUUUAUGUUUCUUGAAGUGUUAGGCUGCAAGUAAAUAGUCAAAAAGGUUCUAAAAUGUUUCGGAGAACUAAACAAAAAAAAGAAGGUAGUUCUCUACCAGAAAGUUCAAGUUUUGAAAAUAUAACUGCUGGGUCUAAUGACCUAGAAAAUAAAAGAAAUUUUAAAUUAUUUAAAUUUAGUAAGAAAUAUAAAGAUAAAAGUAAUCAGGACGUUGAAAUACCAGAAUCGCCUGAUUCAGAUGGUAUAAGAAUCGACGAAGCAUUUCAAAAAUCAAACGAUUCACAAGAAGAAUAUUUUCAUCAAGGAAAUAUUUUCAACGAAAAAAGUUCGGAAUCAAAAAUUAAUUCUUCUAAACUUUCACUCAAUUUUUCACACAAACCACCAUCCACACAUUCACCAACACAUUCACAUGCAAAAUCACCAACAUUCUCACCUCCACUCUCUUAUUUAUUUUCACCCACUUUAAACAGUCCAUCUAGCAGUAUUACAUCAACAUUUGACAGAGAAAUUAAUCUUGAAUCAACAGAAGAUGAUACGACUUCAUAUUCUUCCCAAAGUAAUAUGUCAAACGUUUCUGCAACUGAUAAUAAGGCAGUUAAUCUAGAUUUAAAUGAACCUGUCUUUAAAAGUAGUUAUAGUAGCAAUGAAUCAAGAACAAUAAAUGUUAAUCGAACUAAAGCAGGAGAUUUUGGAAUUGUUCUUCGACGUUCAUCAAGUGUUAGGAAAGGAGACAAACGAAUGAUUCAUUUAGUUGAACCUGCUGCUAAUAGUUUAAAUGUUGGAUUACUUCCUGGAGAUCAUUUAAUUGCAUUAAAUGGUGUGAAUGUUGAAAAUGUUAGUCGUAAAGAUAUUAUUGGAAUGAUUGCUUCAUCAGCUAACACUAUUACACUAACAGUAGCUCCAAUAGCUGAAUAUGCUGAGCAUGUUACAAAACUUGCUGUUAAGCAGAAUAAUAAUUCUUUCACUGCUAGUGUACCAUCCAUACCGAGAUUAGAAACUCCCAAUAGUAUUUCAUUCAAUAAGAUAAAUAUAUCCGUUAAAGAACCUUUAUCAGAGAGCUUGUUAAAUGGUGAAAUGGUAUGGUUAGUUCAUGAUAAUGGUUAUUCAGCAGGUCAGGUUUAUAAAGAGACAAAUGUUUCCAAUGGAUUAAAAAAGUACUGCGUUCAGUUGAAUGAUGGGACUGAAAUAGUUGAUAUUGACGAAAAUCUUAUAGAACAGAUGAACCCUGUCUUUUUUAACCAAUGUGAAAAACUGUCUUCAUUACAAUAUUUAAAUGAGUCUAGUUGUUUACAUACACUCCAACAAAGAUAUGCAGCAAAGUUAAUUCAUACAUUUGCUGAUAACAGUUUAAUUAUUAUAAAGCCAAAAGAAAAAAUUGAUCAUUACUCAGACAAGUUCAUGCAAAUGAUCCAUGACUGUAAGCAAGAAGCAAUGCCACCUCAUAUUUUCAGCGUUGCACAAUCUGCAUACCGGAGUAUGGUGGCUACAAAUACAAACCAGUCUAUUUUGUUUUGGGGAAGUGCUGGUUCAGGAAAAAGUUUUAAUGUCAAUAAUGUUGUGAAGUAUUUAUGUAAAACAAUUUUAAAAGGAAGUUUGUUAACAGUUUCUAAAGUAGAAGCAGCCAUGUUCCUUAUUGACAAAUUUGGAUGUGUUAAGACAGAUUUGUCAUCAAAUGCUACAACUAUUCGAUAUUUAAUAACUUUUGAAUUCAACUCUUCUGGUUUUAUGAUUGGAUGCAACUUGCAGAAUAUGUUUCUUGGAAAAUCUUUCUUUUCAACAGAAGGCUCGACUUAUAAUAUAUUUUACCAUCUACUUUUUAAUUGUAAAGGAAAGUUGAAAGCUGAUUUGUUACUUGAUGCUCUACCUAAAUCAUCAAACUUAUUGAUUAAUCUUACUGGAGGCCCAGAGCAUUUAGAAGAUUGGAAUUACUUGUACAGUUUAUUUGAAAUUUUAAAUUUUUCAGAAAAUGAAAUUUUGGGAAUAUUUGCACCUCUAGCUGCCAUUUUACAUCUUGGUGCAGCAGGGAUUUCAAAUGUUUCCGAUACAAAUUUCUAUUUUUCGGAUAGCGCAUCUGCAUUGCGUGCAGCUUCGGUACUUGGAACUACAGUGGAGAAUCUUGAAAAAAUAAUAUUUAUACUACCAAUGCAACAACACCCCUCUUUUGUAAAAAGAAACAGUGGUGCUGAUAAUUUUGCUUCUCUUAGCAGUUCAACAUCUUUUUCAGAUAAUUCAACAUAUGACACUUUGCUUUAUGCACUUGAGGCUUUUUGUUACGGACUUUAUGUUGAAUCAUUUAAUGCUUUAUUUCGAAUGAUUAAUCGUGCGCUCAACACAUAUAAUCGAGUUGUGUCAAAAAUUAAUGUUUUAGAUAUGCCAGGUUUACAGGAUCAAUCAUUGGUAGGAAAAUCAUCAAACUUUAUGGAUUUUUGUAUAAAUUACUGUUGUGAAAAAUUACAGUGGUUUAGUUAUAGAAAUAGAUUUGCACAGCAAGUUGAAAGAUAUAACAGAGAAAACAUUGAUUGUAGUUUUGAAAUUAAUAGCAUUAUUUCACCCAUUGUUACUAUUUCUGCUCUUGAGAAACUUGCAUCGGAUCACAUAUCUUUGAAAAGCAGUAUUUAUGAUGAGAAAUUGUUUAUUAAAGAAGAAGGAGUUUUAUCAAAUGUUGGUGAACCAACCAUUGCUAAAAACUUGCGCAGUUCAUUGUACGAAAGUGUUGUUACUACACAAUUAUCUACAGAAUCUUUCGUAGUUCUGCAUUACCAAAAUACCAUUCAAGUAAAAUACAAUAUUGUAUGUUUUAAAAAAAUUAGGGAACAUUCUUCUGUUAAAUUGGCAUAUGGUACAUUGAAUGAUUCUUCAAAAACACAUAUUACUGAAUUAUAUGCAGGACAUAUAAGUGGUGUCACCCAGUUAUCAUCUGUAGGAAGUUUUGCUAAUCGAAGACAUCUUACAAAUCAAAUAGCUACUUCUGUUAAAAACUCCACGAUUUUACAACUAAAAUUACAAAUGGAUAAAUUGUUAGAUUUGCUUGAAGUUUCUUGUGUCUCAUUUGUGUUUUGCUUACUACCUGAAAAAAAUGCUGGGGUUUUAAAUCCAUAUAAUAAUCUUGAUGACGGCAAAGUUAAAGAAGCUCAAACAUUUGAUGUUCCUUUUUUACGGCAGCAAUUACGAAGUUGUCAACUUUUAGAGAGCAUGAGACUUUAUAGGCAAGGUUAUCCUGAACAUAUAACUUAUCCUGAGUUUAGGCAACGAUUUAGUAUUCUUCUUCAAAAAGAAGACCAGGAUUUGGGGGUAGUACUUGAUGAAAAGCAGGCUGUUUUAAAAAUGGUAACAAAGCUAGAUUUAAAUGAAAAAAGCUAUAAACUUGGUCUAAGUCAGAUAUUUUUUCGUGCUGGCUGUCUUACUCGUUUAGAGGACACUCGCAAUGAUCACUUAAGUAUAAUUAUUUCUGAAUUCCAAUCUCAUUGCAAAGGCUUUCUUGCACGAAUCAAAUUCAAGAAGCUAGUUCUUCAAAAUGUUGCUAUUCGAUGCAUACAGAGGAAUGUUCGUAAAUAUAUGAGUAUCCGAUGUUGGGCUUGGUGGCGAUUAUUUACUAAAGUUUUGCCUUUGCUUCAGGUUCACCGAACUGAUGAGGAGCUUCAAACAAAAAAUUCUCAAAUAAUUAAACUUAAUUCAAAAAUUGAACAUUUACAAGAAAUAAACAAUAAUUAUGAAGUCGAAAACACACGUUUAAAGAAAAAAAUUUUGGAUCUUACUACAGAAUUAAAUGAAGCUUCCUCUGCAGCAUCAGGUGCUAAUGAAAUAAUUAAUUUUAAUUCUGUUGAAAAAGUGAAGUUAGAAGAAAAUUUAAAUGAACUCAAGAUAGAGAUUGAAUCUUUAAGAAAGCAGAAAGAACUGCAACAAGAACAAAUGUUGUCGACAAAUAUAUUGAGUUUAAAUGAAUCUGGUAGUGAAAAUGAGAGUUUUUGGCAGGAAAAAUAUAAAGCUUUAUCGCAAAGUUGUGAAAGUGUGAAACGCUUAUUAAUUGAAGAGCAUGAAAAAGAAGUUGAAGAACUUACUACUCAAAAGCGAAGUGCAGAGAAAGCACUUUAUGAAGUGCAAAGCAACUAUGAGGAGAUUCAGGAACAAAUGAUAACAAUGAAACAAAAAUUGCAGAAGUUAAAUGGAAACUUGGAAGACAUAAAACUUUUGCUAGAAAAUGAACAGAUUAAGAAUGUUGAACUUGAGAAAAAGCACAUAAAAUUUGAUCAAGAAAUAAUGAAGGCAAAAGAAGAAAUGUUUCAAGAGAGAAGACAAAAAGAAGAUCUUCAAAAAGAGCAUGAGAUGUUGAAUGCAGAAAUGUAUUCUCUUCAAAGGAGUACUGCUUUAAAAGAAGAAGAAAAUGAGGAGCUAAAAAAGAAAUUAGAAAGUUUUUCCUAUGAUAUUGAUUCCCCUCAUAAUACAAAUGAGUUGACAACAUUAAAGAAAAAAAUUAGUGAAAGUGAACUUAAAAUACAAGAUCUGGAAGAUGAAGUUGAUGAACAAGCUGGCAUAAUACAACAGUUGGAGCAGACAAAGGUGAGACUUCAAAUGCAGAACUACAAUGAAAAACAAAAAUAUCAGCAGGAUCUUGAGUCAAAAGAAGAAGAAAUAACUCAGUUGCGCUCAGAUCAUCUUAAAAAGGUUCGAGCUCUUGAAGAACAACUUGAAGAGGAAACAAGUUUAAAAAGUGAACUUCAGCGAGCUAAGAGAGAAUUAGAGAAAGUUGUCACUCAAUUCCAAAAUUCAUCAAACUUAGAUGUAGAAAAAAAACUGAAGAAAAAGUUGAAAAAAACACAAAUUUUGUACAAUGAUGCAAAAACAGCUCUGGAUAAUCUUAGUAUAAAAAGCUCGGAACUUAUUGAACUUAAAGCUCUUCGAAAUCAGUUGGAAGAUUGUGAGUAUACAAAAAACAUGGCUCUUAAAGCAAAAUCACAAGUAGAAAAUGAUUUAAAAGAUCUCAGAGCUCAUGUUGAAAAUCUUAAUCAAUCCAAAAUGGGUUUAGAAGAAAAAUGUUCCUUAUUGGCACGAGAAAAUGCUGAGCUGUUGCAGCGCAUGGAAGAAAAUGAUGAUGGACUCGAGGAAAUGGUUCGAAAUAACAAAAGUUUGAUUUCUCAGGUGUCAGAUUCACAAAAGAUUAUUAUUAAUCUUAAAGAGGAUUAUCGAAUCUUGAUGGAAGAGAAAACUAGUCUCUCACGAACAGUUGAUAUUUUAUCGCAAAAAAUAGAAUUAGAGCUAUCCUCUAAAGUCCCAAAAGUUGAAUUAGAUAAGGCUGAAAUGAAGUUUCGAGAGUCCGAAAAUAAGUUAGAACUUGAAACAGCUAUUCGAAUCAAGGCGGAGCAUCAAGUUUUGCGUUUGAAAGGUCAACUUGAAAAAUUGCAAGAUGAAUGUGAUCAAGUUAAUAAAAACUUGAGUCGAACACAGCAAAGUUUUACACGCGUUGAACGUCAAUUUAAUGAAAUGCGCAACGAGUUGGAGGCUUCAAAAAUACAGGAGUCUGAAUACAAACGAAAGAAAGAAGAUCUGGAAAAACGUCUUGAAAUUGUUGAGAAUGAGUUAUCAAGAAAAAAAAUCGAAGUCACUAACACAGAAAAACGACUCCGAGAAUUGAAGGAGUUUAUAGAUAGUACCAAUUCUUCAGAUGAAGAUUUUUCUUGCGAUGACACGGAUUACAUAUAAAGUAAUUUGAUAUAUUUUUAUGACAAAACUGAAACAAUAAUUUGCGAUAACUUGAGCUUUUUAAAUAUUUCUGAUUAAAAAAAAAAAUUCUAAAAAGAUAUACAACAAAGUAUUUUCUAAAAAAGAGUAAACUAACAAAGAAUCCAACAGGUCAUAUGAAACGGUUUACAUAAAAAUAGUAUUUUUUAGUUCCAAUAUUUUUUAUUCAAUUUAGUUACACUAUUUAUAUUUUUUUAGUUCCACUUGUAAUAUUUUUAUAAUUCCAUUAUUUAUAUAUUUAUCUUUGUAUAAAUUUGUUAUAUACAAAAUUAUUUUUAAAUAUCUUCUUUUGUAGCAAUUUUAGGAUUAAAUAGAUUAGAAUAAGUUAA